AUGUUUUCACAAGAUAUUCUUUUUAUUUUCACGAAGUACGCACCUUGUCUACGCAAUAGGGUCUUGUUCCCUCAUGGCACAGACCGUUGCCCCGGAUUUGGGAGAUCAACUCUACCGUACCACGUUGCGUUUCCUCUAAAGAUAGUAGCGCAUUUCGUAAAAUGA